CUAUUCGUAGAAUAAUUUUGACUACGAAAAAGAGUGUUCAUGUUGUUCUGGGAGUGUUUUUUUCAAAAGAUGAUUUUUCACUUUUCCAUCCUCAAUUGUUACCACAAAGUGGUCAUUAGAAGUGGCUUCAAGUGCGCCACAACCUGAACGGGUUGACGCGAGUGAAUUCGAUUGCGAAAGAUUCCUUUUUUGCUCUGUGUGACUGCUUUCCGGGCGUUUCUAUCGAUCAGUUUUUCCCAAUUUCCUUAUGUUGGAAUUGGAAGUGAUAAGUUCCGAAGAUGAAAGAAAUGUGAUUUAUUGAAAAGCGGAAUCAGAAUCAAUUGUUUAUUUGUUGUUUCCUUUACUACAUCCUUGCAACUAGAAUAGAAGAAUGCAAAAAUAGUGUAUCCUACAUAUCCUAAAUGAAAACAAAAUAUAGAAAAAACUAAAGACCGUAAAAAAAUCCGUGCAUUUUAUAACCAUAAAAAUUGCGUGAUUAAAAGUAAGAAAGAAAACAACACGUCAAAGGACACCCAAAGGAGCACAGCACUAAGGCAUCAUCGGAAAAAUAUGGAUCAAUGUUCAAGUUUGCUGGUGUCUGUCCUGCUCAGCACGAUAAUCUUUAGCGGUUUAUAUAAUCCAGUUGCAGCUCAACUGCGACCACGAAUUUUGGAACACCCGGCAGAUGCCGUUGCGGCCAAAGAGGAACCCUUGACAUUGAACUGUAAAGCGGCCGGACGACCGCCACCGGAAAUCACCUGGUACCACAAUGGAACACCUCUUGGGCCAUCCGAUCGGCGUGUUAUUCUUCCCGAGGGAUCACUGUUCUUCCUUAAAGUAAUGCAGAACAAACGAGAGCAGGAUGCCGGAGUAUAUCACUGCGAGGCGCAGAAUUCGGCCGGAGUGGCGUCCAGUAGGAAUGCGACACUGCAGAUCGCCAUGCUGAAAGACGAUUUUCGAGCGAUGCCAAAGGAUACCGUUGCGCUGGUUGGUGGUCCGGUGAUUCUAAAUUGUACACCACCACGCGGAAUUCCGGAGCCAUCGGUACUGUGGAUAAAAGACGGUAAAUUGUUGGACAUCAGUGGAAAACGGCUUUCCAUGGUAGACUCCGGUAGUUUGAUGAUUUCCGAGAUUCAACCCAACGACACUGGAAAGUAUGAAUGUUCGGCCCAAAGCAUGGCCGGAACGAAAACUACACCACCGGCGUAUUUGAAAGUGUUAGCUCCACCAACCAUUGUUAAAAGUCCCCAUGACACAGAAGUGUUGGAAGGGGAGGGAUUCGAUCUUCCAUGCGAACUGGCCGGAGAUCCAAAACCAGUGGUAACCUGGCGAAAAGAAAGCGGUCGUCUGCCCGAAGGAAGAUCUCGUAAAUUGUUAGACAAUACGUUGAGGAUAGAAGAUGCUCGACAGGAUGACGAGGGAAAAUAUAUCUGCGAGGGGCACAAUGAAGGUGGGAAUGUGACAAUUUCCGUUUAUUUGUACGUAUACGAGGCACCGACAUUUAUGGAAGCACCUGUUGACGUUGUGAUUAGGGAAGGGGAGGGAGUUACCUUACCGUGUCGGGCGAAGGGUCGACCAACGGUGCGAGUAUACUGGGAUCGAAUUGAUAAGCUGCACGUGAACAAUAACUCUAGCAAAUCGCCCAGUCAAGCGCCGACAACUCAAAAACCAACGGAAAAAUCCAAGCGCAGUGUUCCUCUGAGAGCAACGGAGAAUCACGUACGGUCAUUUGCACCGGAAACAAUCGGAAAUUGGUCAAUUAAGAUAGAGCCGGUUUCGGAGAAACAACUUUUCCAGCUGCCACAUGCUUCCCGAACUCAGCUGAUUCGAAACAAACGAGAAUCUGUCGAAAGUAGCAUAGAGCUUGAAGCGAUUUCGAGCACAAUCCCUUCCUUAGUAAGUAAUAGUAUUGUUCUGUUCGAAGAUAAUGGUGGAUUAACGUUGAAAGCUAUCAGUAAAGCAGAUGAAGGAUGGUAUGCAUGCGCGGCCAUCAACGAAGCUGGCAGCAUUGUAAAAAAAAUAUUCAUUAAAGUCUUGGACAAGGACGAAACGCUGGAAGCUCGAAAGGAGCAAAUUCACACCUACGAUCAAAGUCGAUGGGUUAGCGAACAGUUUAUCGUGUUAAACAACGUGUUCACCAUCUCCGCUAGUUCGAUUGGUAUAUCGUGGGAUGUAACAGAUAGCGCAACGAAGAUGCCGCUUAGAAUGUAUUAUCGCAUUGCCAGCGAACCGAUGGUCAACUUCCUGUACAAUUCUACCUUCGAAAGCCAAGUCACGACAAGCAAUCUGAAGGAAUAUACCCUGAACGAUCUGCGCCCAUUCACGGAGUACGAAAUUUUCGCCAGUAUCCCUGAGGGACUAUCCGGAUCGGUUUCGAAUAUCCGACGGGGGAAAACGCUAGAUGGAGCUCCAUCCGCGGCACCAACCGACGUUCGAGUUGGGGUCAUUAACACGACGGCUGCAUUUGUCCGCUGGUCUCCACCACCAGUUCAUCUACUCAACGGAGAAUUGACCGGUUAUAAGAUUCAAAUAAAAUCAAACGUCACGAACAAGGUGCUAGGACAAAUGGUUCUAAACUCCACGACACAAUCGGUGGUGAUUAAUAGCUUGACACCAGGGGCGAUGUACGUGGCAAAGGUGGCCAGCCUAACAGCCGGUGGAAUAGGUCCUUAUAGUUCGCCUACGCCAUUGCACAUGGAUCCGCAGAACAUUGUCAGGACGGACCCAACACCCAGUUACUGGAUGUCCUCGUGGAUGUCUGGCACGGCACUAGUGAUACUUUUUGUGGGAUUAAUCGGAGGGGCAGUUUUUGCCAUUUUCUGGACUAUACGGAAAAAGCAGAGCGUCAAGGCAUCGUAUCCAGGACCGUCCGUAACGACGAUCAUACCGGACAAACAGCACACACUGUGGCUACACGGAAAUACGUUGGUAAAACCGUCGCAUUCUUUGGAUCCACCCAGCACUUCGGAAUACGCAGAACUGACCAACAACACGCAAGGCAUAAAAAGCAACAAUUGCAUUCCACCAGAACCGUACGCAACAGUCACUCUGCAGCGUGGUGGAACCGUCCCAGAAGAGCCUUGCAUGAAAUGUGCCAACAGUCCGGUGUCCAGUGAAUACAACGCCCCAAUGAGGGAGCCAAUCAACAUAUCAGAUGUACUGCCACCUCCACCGGAUCACCCGUAUGGUACUUAUCGGCCACCGACCAGCAUGACAAUACGAACCAAUCCGGCUGCGCUGUCACCCCAGAUGAUGCGCAAGAAUCAUGGCCCUCCUCCAAUGCAGAAUCGGUGGGAUACAAUGCCUCCUCCUAUCCCCAGUUUUCCACAAAACUGGAUUCGUCCGCAUCACAUGAACCCGGCUAUGACGAUGAACAAUGCUGAGAUGUAUUCCGAGAACGAUUACGAAAGCGGAUCCGUCCUGUACGAGCAGUGCUAUCGACCGGAUCAGAUGCCUCCGGUGGUACCGCCGCCUAGCAAUAACAGUCAUUUUUUCAGCCAUGCUGGUGAACCGACAGAGGAGUUCUAUCGUCACAUGAACAUGGAAUUCGCCCAAGAUAUGGGCUUUGAACCGGCCAGCCCUCCAGCACCCUGUCCUGAAACUCCGUUCAAUAGUAAGUAUUUGACUGGUGGCGCAUCGGAUAGUCCGGUUAUUUCGCGAAAAAUAGGUGUUAACACGAAUCCCAGAGGACACCUGCAAAAUAGUGUUUCCAACAAUAGCAACAAUUACAGCAGCAGUCAACACAGCGCUGGUCAGAGUUCUGAAAGUGACAGUGAUAACCGGUGGGCCCCAGCUCGAACGAAACGUAGUAGAAGUAGGUCAAAAAGUAGCGAUAGGAAAUACAAUCGGACACUUAUUCGAUAAAAGUUGUCACGACGCUAUGCCAUACCGAAACGUACCGCUAAACUCUCUAUUAUACAUAUUAAUAUUAGGGUAACAAAAAAUUUCAUCUUUCUCUAAGUAAGUAACUAAACAAGUAGCCGAUCGAAAGCAAACAAGUAAAAGAAAACAACCCUAUCUUUCUUAGUAGCAUCAGCAUCAAUACCUUUUACCUAUAACAGAACGGAAGCGAAUAACAAAAGUAAAGGAAUCCCUAUUAGAGUUAUGAAAUAUCUUUCACCCACUAUCUGAACUGCUCACUAGGUCUCCCUCUUUCUGUCUCACAAUCUCUAGUGUAAAUUUUUUGGGAGAGAAAUCCGAAAACGACGAGGAAGGACAUUUAACCACUAGUACUUUACUUUCAAGCAAAUAUAAUUUGGUGAGUGCGAACAUUGGAGGUGGAAGCUAGUGAAUUAAACAGAAAUUGCUAUUUGAUACUCGUCAGUAUCUUUCACAAGCGUAAUGAGGCUCAAAGUAGUAGGUUAAGCGAUUAUAUAGUUGUAGUAUGUUAUUUUUUGCCAACCUGGGUGCUGAGGUUCUUCAGAUGAAGGUUAACGAUGAUGAAAGACACGCUGUUGUUAUAUGAUGAGGUUCACUGGAUCAUUGAACGUAACGCUGCAAUUGGUAAGUCUGUCGAGUUCGCUCCAUAGAUACCGAUUAUUUUUAAAGUUAAUAAAAACAUUUUUCAGCUGCUUUCCAGUUCUGUUCUACCAGCAGAUAAAAUUUUCCGAUUUUUUUUUUGGCUCUUAGAAAAAAAUACAUUUACGCUUGACGUAAAUUCAAACAUUCCGUAAUUUCUUCGGCGGUGACACAAUAUUACAUCAAUUAGGAUGUAAAAAUAAAUUCUUUUUUCUCUACUGAUCCGUAGUGCUAUUGUACGAAACUCAAAAAUCGCAUUUAAAUUAUUAAAUCGCACUUUUAUUAUUAAAGAUAGCAGUCGUUGUUGCAAAAACGCAAAAGUAGUUCCUCUCACUGUCUUUGCGCAGAAAUUAAAACUAAAUUAUCUUAUCUUAUUGUUUAUCUUUUUGAAUAAACUGAUUUUUUUUCUUAAAGAUCCAUCACGCAGUAGCGGAGAAAACUGCUUUUGGGCUUUUCAACAUUGACUGUAAGUAGAACCUCAAUACACCGAAACCUCCAUUUACGAACUAAACGGGGGUUCGUAAAAAGAGGUAGUUCGCAAAAAAAGUUUACGUUAUUUGGGAUUUGGUUCGUAAAAAAAGUUUUGUGUGAUUAUUGUGGAAACCGCGCAUCAUAUAUUUAUUUUCGGAACGGAUGUGAAGAGUAAGUGCAAGAAAAUGAUGUUUGGGUUCGUUUCAAAAUCCAAGAUGGCGGCUUCCGGUUUAUUGAGAUUGCCUAAAACCCCUAACAAUAUGGGUAUCUUCGGAACGGAAUUGAUGAGUAGAUGUCGGAAAACGAUGUUUGAAGUGGUUCUGAAAUCCAAGAUGGCGACUUCCGGUUUCUUGAUAUUCCUUGAAAACCCUUACAAUAUGGAUAUUUUCGGAACGGAAUUGAUAAGUAGAUGUCAGAAAACGAUGUUUGAGGUAGUUUUGAAAUUCAAGAUGGCGACUUCCGGUUUAUUGAUAUUCCUUGAAAACCCUUGCAAUAUGGGUAUUUUCGGAACGGGUCGCCAUCUUGGAUAUGAGAACCACUUCAAACAUAAUUUUCCGACAUCUUCUCAUCAAUUCCGUUCCGAAAAUACCCAUAUUGCAAGGGUUUUCAAGGAAUAUCGAUAAACCGGAAGUCGACAUCUUGGAUUUCAGAACCACCUCAAACAUCAUUUUCCGACAUCUACUCAUUAACCCCGUUCCGGAAAUACCCAUAUUAUAUAGGUUUUCAAAGAAUAUCAACAAACCGGAAGUCGCCAUCUUGAAUUUCAAAACUACCUCAAACAUCGUUUUCUGACAUCUACUCAUCAAUUCCGUUCCGAAAAUACCCAUAUUGUAUGGGUUUUCAAGGAAUAUCAAUCAACCGGAAGUCGCCAUCUUGGAUUUCCAAAAUACCUCAAACAUCAUUUUCCGGAAUCUACUCUUUAAACCCGUUCCAAAAAUACCUAUAUUGCAGUAGUUUCCAUGGAGUCGGAAGUCGCUUUCGAUGAAUGACAAAACCUCUUUUUACGAAGUAGGUUCGUAAAAAAAGUUUACUUUAUUUGGGAUUUGGUUCGUAAAAAAAGUUUACGUUAUUUGGAAUUUGAUUCGUAAAAAGAGGUACGUAAAAAGAGGUUACGUAUAAAAAGUGUUUGUAAACGGAGGUUUGGGUGUAUAAUCAGUUUCAUAAAAACAUAAUCAACGAACGUAAAAAUACUUUCAUAUCAAAAUCCUACCACAGCAUGCUUUGCUCACUUGUUGAAUACUUCUCGCAUAUGACGUACUUUUAUGAUUGGUUCACGGUUUUUUUUAUGAACACUAGCCGAGAUUAUUUAUAACUAAACUCCUAAAAUACUCUUACAGAGAAGAUUUAUGGAACCCUAACCAUACUCAUAAAUCUCCGUAGUAUACUUUCAAAGUUUCUAAUGCUACAGUAGCUAUGGUUAUGGGUCAAAGUUAAUGCGACAAUUUUGAACUUUAUUGAAAUUAUUAUUGGUUCAAGCUUAGUCAAAACUUGAUGAGAGUAAUUCUCGUGACAGAGUGAUUCUUCAAUACUUGUUUUACGAAUAAUUUAUUCUCGGAUAUAUAUCCGAAAUGGCUUGAGAAUUUAUUUUUCGUUCAGUAGUGUUCGUGUAAAUGGAGUAGAUAUUUAAGUUGUGUUUCCAAAGACCGCUCUCGGAGUUCGAACGAGCGUAAAGCGUUUUGUAUUACUCUUUUCAAUGUGGCUUAAAAUUUUCGAUAGUUUAUAUCAAGAUUAUGGAGAUUUUAUUCUGCUGGAUGAUAGCUGAAAAUAUCACUGUUCAACGUUUGUUACUUUAAUAAAUAGCGAAUCUUAUUCUAUGGUCGCUUAUAAAUUAUCACUAGAACGCUUUCGUAUGCUAUAUAUAAACGCUCUCUGGGGUACAAAUGUAUUAUCUCUAUAUCGCUAAGUUUCAAUGUAUUUACAAAUAAACGGUAUAGUUUUAAGCCAAAACGUUUCGCAUGCAUAAUAAUUAUAUUGAGUUAGGUCAAUUUUACUAUGAAAUUUGAAAUUUAUGUAAAACUUAACCCCAAAUUACGGAAAACCUGUUUUUACCUUUAUUUUGCUAUAACUACAGCAUUUCCGAACCCCAGACCAACUUUAAACGGUCAUAGCUUAGACGGGUCAGUGUAAAGGAAAUACUAAAUGUCAGCGUUCUAGGAUUAAUAGCGGGUUAUUCAUCUUCACGGAUGGUUUAUUUGUCGUUAUCGAAUGGUGAAUUCUAUGUACUGUCAAAUUCGCUUCGUAACUUUUCUCUGUAUUUCUUAGAACAAUUGACGCGGCUUCGUGUAGUCCACGGUGAAAUUAUAGUACAUUCCUGGCCAAUAACAAUACAAAGACGGUUGUGAAGCAUAACCAGUAGCGAUCAGUGCACACUUUGAUUUAAGUUUCAGUUUAACGAAGAUGAGCACUCGCUGUCCAACGAGACAGAAGCACGGCAUUUUGUGUCUUGUGCUGCCGGGUUGCUAGGAUUGCUGUUAAUAACUCCGUGGCGUUCGAGUCUUCAUCACUUUCAGCAGUUGUCUCGUCACGUAAUUACCCGAUCAAAAGUGAGCAUCGCACUAAGUGCAGACAUGUUCCUGCUUCCAUCAAAACUGUUCUCUCACCGAUGCUGUAGCUAAACCGUAGUAAAAUUAAUAUCUUACAUAACAGAAAUCUAUUAAACAUAAAAAAACUCGAAAUCCGAACGAAAGCAAGCUAUCCUAUUCAGAAGAGUAAGCAGUCGAAUUGUGCCAUAAAAAUCACGUGAGCUGGACGGUCAACACAUAGUGAAUAAUACAAAUACUCAAAAACACAAAUCAAGAAACAAGUCAGUGAUGCAAUGCCAUUGGGAUAAGGCAAGCAAAACACACAAACAGGAAAGUUACACAGUGGAGUAAAGAAAGAUAUCGUUGUUGGUAGUAUAAAUUGAAUUUCAACUAAAUGAAACAAAACAAACGCAAGAUAACGCAUAUUUAUUUUCUACUGCAAUAAAUUGAUGGCAUAUUAACGAAUGAGUCAAAGGGCGUUAAAUAAAGCAAAAAGACAAAUGUGCUCUUAUUUUCGUGUUUUUGUACAGUUGAAGAAAAAAGGAAAUAUUGUUCCGUUUAAGCAGUCGUUUUCUUCAGUUCCGAGUUUGAUGUUUACAACCAAACAAGCUGAUGUGGCUGAAUAUUGAUCAACAUUCGAAAUUUUGACACAAGAGAACAAAGAAAAAUCAAAACAUAUGACACAAAUGACGCGAAAAUAUCAACUGUGAUAAACCAAACUAAAAUAAUGAAAAAAAAAACACAAAUAAUUGAGUAACUAUAUCUAACUUUAAUAAUAAUGAAGAGAGACAGAACCAAGCUGAUUAAAAAAAAAUAUGCACAUGAACGUGAACAUCAACAGCACACACAUACAUACAAACAAACAAUAUACAUCUUACACCCACACAUCCACACACCAUACAGCAGAGAAUAAGAAUGGAAAGUUUGAUGCCACUCGAAACUCUGAUCUCACUUCAGACAGAUUUUUAUUGCACAUCAUUGAAGAAUAUUACAAGUAAGAACAACAAAUAUGGUAAAUAAUUAUGUAUAUAAUA